GGUGGCGGCCCGGGCGUUACCCGAAAUAAACCGGCCACUACUUUCUUUGUUUCUUUUGCAUCGCACCAGAGCGACGACUCGCAACGCAGUGACGACGAAGUCGUUGACGACGGCAAGGCACAACGUUUUGUUGUAACCAUGUUCACGAACGGUCACUUAAGAUACGACCCGCGCUACAGUAACGACGGCAGCCGGCGCAGACGAAGAUCUACGCAGAACGUCAUGUGAAGAAAAAACCCUUGUGCGGUGUGUAGCUUCGCUGAAACCUCGAGGGUUCACGCGGAUGCUUUGAUUCGAAAGCUGCAUAGACGGAGGUGACGGUGAUGGCUGCCUGGUGCCUGUUACGGUGGCAUUCGGUGGGACGAAGAAGAUGCACCGACUUGGCGUGACAGACGUGGGGUGUUCAUUUGACCAGAAGCAAAAUGGAGGCGGACCGUGGUCGCGAGUUUCGGAGCCUGUGCGAGACAGCGGUCUUGGUUCCGCGAUAAGAUUAUACUGCCACUGUCUGUAGGACGUGAAGUUUGUGAAGUUUUCAUGUAGGCUCCGUGAUUCGGGGUCUCUUCCCUCGACUGCUGUCACGAUGUACAUUCCCACACUUUCCUGGCGAGGCCGCCUUCUGCUCGGGACCUUUCCACUACUGGUAUAUCUCUGCACCGCAAACGCCCUAACUUGGCAACAACGGGACACGUCUCAAGACUCCGAAAGUAGUGCUCAACCUUGCGACUUCAACGCCUUGUGCACCUGCGACGACGACCGCAUGAAAGCGUAUUGCCAUGCAGUCCCCUUGACGACACUUCCGGAAACGAGCGGAUACGCUGACGUGACCAUCGAAGGAUGCACGUUGUUGAGGAUACUCAGGAACUCCUCGUCUCUACGCCCUAGCAACGUCGUGUCCCUUCACGUAAAUGACAACCAGCUCAGCCAGAUCGAGGACGGCGCAUUUGGGAGCGUGCCAAACUUGGCCAACUUGGAUCUGAGCAGAAACCGAUUGACGAACUUUCCUUCUGGAGCUGUGCUUUCGCUGACUCGUCUUCAGCGAUUGGACCUGAGGUUCAACAGCAUCGGUGAACUGGACGCGAAGGAGCUGGCCACGGUGGCACGCAGGCUCGUCAGCCUCAGAAGCCUUCAUCUUUCCAGCAACGUCAUAACGUCCGUCCACGACGCCAUGUUUCACUAUUUCGGCAACCUGACCAUCCUUGACCUGGAUAAUAACAACAUCCUCAGAAUCGAGGGACGUCCAUUCCCACCGUCCCUGGUGAGGCUGAACCUGACGGGGAACCUACUGGAACAGGUACCAGGAACCGCACUCGCCCAACUCAGGAAUCUUUCUUACUUGCUCUUGGGCGACAACGCGAUACAGCGAUUGGAUCCCAAUUGGACUCUUCCCACGGAGCACCUGGACACCUUGAACCUCGGCCGAAACGUCAUCUCCCAGCUACCUCCGAGAAUGUUCCAGAAUCAAAAGAAAGUCACGGUCCGCCAUUUCGUGCUGGCCGACAACUACCACCGCUACGUGCCGCCAAACCUCUUCAGGACGUUGGCUCCGAGACACGUUUCCUUCUCGGUAAAUCACAUCGAGUCACUGCCCGAAGGGUUGUUUCAAGGCUUAGACGACGUCGUCAUUCACUUGGACCUGGCCCACAACAAACUUCACGAGUUUCCCGGGACUAUUGCGAAGCUGCGAAGGCUGCAUACAUUAAACAUGCGCGACAACCAGUUGUCAGAGUUCGGCGAGUACGAUCUUUUCUCGUGCAGGGUUAGCUUACGUGUGCUCGACAUUUCGAACAACAAUUUCGACGCAGUUCCCAAAAUUGCGCUAAAAUUCUUGUCGAGACUGAAGUCGUUAAACAUGGCUGACAACGCUUUAACGUCCAUAGAAAGGCAGGACUUCAAGCACGGUCUUGAUGGGCUUCUGUCUUUAGAUCUCAGCGGAAACAAUAUAGUGUACAUUGAGGAUCAUGCCUUUGAAACGCUUUCAAAGUUGGCAGACCUGCGCCUCGCGUACAAUCCCAUAACAACACUAAAUUUUAAUUGGUUCCCCAAAGGAUGCUCAAACUUAAAAGCCAUCGAUAUUUCUGGAACUCGGCUUGUACCAGACACUGUAAACAGAUUUCUUCAAUCGUGUCAAAGAAUUAACAGCCUCGACGCUACCUAUGCCAGGUUACCAAAUUUGGAAACGACAAUAUUGAACCAAAUGAGUGAGCUUAUCGCACUCAAUGUGAUGCAGAAUGAUUGGCGUUAUGUUCCAAAGGAUUUUCUGAAUGGAAUGGUUCAGACAAAAUUGACUACAAUAAAGAUUAAUCAAAACUACAUAAGCGAGAUACAGCCACGUACAUUCAGCGAUUUAGCACGCCUACAAGUCAUCGACUUGUCUGCGAACGAAGUCACUCACCUUAAAACAAAGACAUUUAUAAACUUGCACAACCUCACGAAAUUAAACUUGUCGCACAACAAGGUUUCAGUGAUCGACGCAGGAGCGUUAACUGAGCUGCCUCGACUCAGGGAUAUCGACCUCAGUUUUAACAAGCUGUCAGAUUUCAACGUGCAGUUUAUUGUUAACCGGAACACGCACCACUUACUGCAGCUUAACCUUUCGCAUAACAAAAUCAGCCACCUCAGGCUAAGCAACGGAGCUGAGCAUGUCAUCCUCAACGUGACGUCCCUCGACCUCAGCCACAACCUCAUCGAAAGCGUAGCCCGCCAUUUUUUCUGGACAACACGACACAGCUUGACCUUUCUCAACUUGUCCCACAACUUCCUGUCAACCAUGUCCGUCGAAGUCGCAUCGGAGCUGCCGCGCGUCAAAGUUCUCGACUUGAGCCACAACCGAAUCGCUCAACUUUCACCGAGGUCUUUUCAAGCGUCAUCCGAGAUCCACGUCCUGCUGCUCAGUCACAACCAGCUUUGCGCACUCCCCGAAGAGGCCUUCACGAGGAUGGCUCACCUUCAAAUCUUGGCUCUCGAUAACAACUGUAUCGCGUCACUACCGGAAGACGCAUUCGAAGAGACGCCGCUCGUUCACCUCUCUCUGUCACACAACUGGCUUCCGAGGCCCUUCACCAAGGCGUUCGCGCCCGCUCGAACCACUUUGACGCAUUUGGACUUGUCGCACAACCGGAUCAAGCUCAUCGCAGGGACCGAGUUCGAUCACCUAUUCAACCUCGAGAGCCUAAACCUGUCCUCCAACGAGAUCAUCAUCCUUCCGGGCCAGGUCUUCGCAAACCUCAGCCGUAUGGUGGUCUUGGACGUAUCUCGAAACCCUCUGCUUCGAGUGGAGCCAGGAUCUCUAAACCUGCCCGUAACCUCCCUUUCCCUAGACAACUGCAACCUCACCACUGUGCCGUACGUGAACGCGCCGAAGCUCGUUGAACUCUCGCUCAGCUUAAACUCGAUCGCAAACUUUUCGGCUACGUCGUUCGCGAAUCUGCGCAUGCUCAGGAAGCUCGACCUCUCGUCCAACCACAUUCGAGAGAUAGACCCUGGAUGGUGGGCUCACGUGACUGAUUUGCGGAGCUUGGACGUUUCCAGAAAUCCCAUCAGAUCGCUCGGAAGCGGAAGCUUCAGGCCCCUGAGCACGCUUCAUCACCUCGACAUCACGGGCCUCCAGCUGGACUUCCUUGAUGCCCGCACAUUGGACUCUCUCAAGAGCCUGCGCAGUGUUAAAACCAACACGUACUCGAGCGCGAGGGCGUUCCGACUCCAAGAGAUCUUGCUCCAGGCCAAGGCUCUACAAACGCUCGUGGUGCACGUGGACGAGGCGACCCUCUCCUACCAAAUCCAGUGGGCCUUCAGCAAGAAGAUACGCGAGCUGAGCGUGAGCGGCUCCGAGCUGCGCUCGGUGGCGGCCGACGCCUUCGAAGGGCUGCACCCGCACGGUCCCUUCACGUUCCGGGUGCGGGAGUGCCCGCUCCUGGAGUCGCUGCCAGCCGGACUCCUGCGGAGGUGGGCCCAGAUGCCCCGUCUCAGCGUCGACCUGUCGGACAACACCGCGCUCACGUCGUUCGUCGCGGGAGACGAAGAAGAGGCUCUCCAAGAGCUCGCCGACGGCAGCGCUCAGGAGCGACGGCCGUCUCACUACGUCAGCAGCUCUUUCUCCCUACGAGGCACCCCAUGGACUUGCGACUGCCGCUUGCUGUGGUUCCGGCAUCGCCUGCUGCGACAGAGGCGCCACCUGUCCAAAUCACCGGAGGCGACAAGAAUCCACAGCGCCGAACCGCGAUGCGCCGUUCCGGGGACUAGCGUCAAGACUGUCGCCAUCAGCGAGCUUCGGCCCAAUACUCCUCACUGUGCUGGGGACGCGAGUAGCAGCGGGAGUGUGGGUGCCGACUUCCUCGUGGUGCUCUACAUCGUCAUGGUCGUCGCAGUGCUACGUUUCGGCUGAACGUACUACGACGUUGUCGUGGCCUGUCUGGCCUCGACGUUGUCUUAGCCGUGUGCGUGGCCUCAACUAUACCAGCAGUGAAGUGCCAGUGAAACGAGAAUUUCGGGACUGAGGCAACCACUGCAGUGCUGAAACUGCGCGCGACAACAGCAGUACCGCGACAAACAAUGAAUGGAGGAAAGGUUUCAGUAGCACGCGCUGCGAAUUUGCGGCUGCCAAUUCGCCGCUCACAUAUUGAUCGCACAUGCGUCGAGCUUCAAACCCGACUCGGCACCGCGGCGUGCUAGAAUGUAGGAGCGCAUGCGCAGAUGACCGCAACGCGAAUAGCCAUGGACAAAGCUCGGCUGGACGCAUCUAGCUAGAUGCGCCCAUUUGUUAUCGUUAUCUUUGUUAUCAAAAUACCGCGCCAUUUUCGUGGCCUCCCUACCGGUUGAGUUGCACAGUGCCGUAGCGCCUGGACAGCGCUGGUUCCGCCGUCCGGUGCCUAGCCACGCGAAAUCUGUCCAGGACUCCUCUGGGACUAGUGCCCCUGGCUCCCUUUCUAUUGACUGAGGCUGCGCGUCUUUGCCUCGCAGCGCAAUUAAGACGAAAAAAAGGCAAUAAAUUGUACGACACACACUGAAA